AUGCUGGUUCUUGGCAAACUGCCGGGACUUGAAGGCGAUCGCAAGUCUGGUCAGGAUGUGAGGACGCAAAAUGUCAUGGCUUGUAUGGCUAUAGCAAAUGUUGUCAAGUCUUCUCUGGGACCAGUUGGACUGGACAAGAUGUUAGUCGACGAUAUUGGCGACACAACCGUCACCAAUGACGGAGCUACCAUCUUAAACCUCCUUGAAGUGGAUCACCCUGCAGGAAAGGUCUUGGUAGACCUGGCGCAACUCCAGGAUAAGGAGGUGGGGGAUGGGACAACGUCUGUUGUCAUCUUAGCGGCAGAAUUGCUUCGGAGAGCCAAUGAGCUGGUGAACAUGAAGAUUCACCCAACCUCGAUCAUUAGCGGGUUUCGACUGGCUCAAAAGGAAGCGAUCAAGUAUGUGAAUGAAAAACUGAGCACCAAGGUUGACAAGCUGGGGAGGGAUGCCUUGAUCAAUGUUGCAAAGACUUCCAUGUCAUCCAAGAUUUUGAACAUUAAUUCCGACUUCUUUGCGGCCAUGGCGGUUGAUUCAGUGAUGUCCGUCAAGACCGUCAACAGCUCUGGCGAUGUUCGCUAUCCUGUGAAGGCCAUUAACGUCUUGAAGGCCCACGGUAAGAGUAGCCAGGAAAGUCGACGCAUCGCAGGCUACGCCUUGAACUGCACCAGGGCUUCCCAGGCUAUGCCGACCGUUGUGAACAAAGCGAAGAUCGCUUUGCUAGAUUACGACUUGAGGAAAUACAAGAUGAGCCUUGGGGUACAGGUGGUUGUGACGGAUCCUUCCAAGUUGCAAGCCAUUCGCGAUAGAGAAGAAGAUAUCAUGAAGGAAAGAAUCGACCUCCUUAUCAAGGCGGGUGCCAACGUCAUCCUUACUUCCAAGGGCAUCGAUGACCUUUGCCUGAAAUGGCUGGUGCAAGCUGGAGCGAUUGGAGUUAGGAGAGUGAAGAAGGAUGACUUGAGAAGGAUUGCCAAGGUGACUGGUGGAACGAUCAUGCUUUCAAUGGCUGGGAUGGAAGGCGAAGAAUCUUUUGAUCCAUCCAUGUUGGGUCAAGCAGACAAAGUCUAUGAGGAGCGAGUUGGUGACAACGAACUCAUCGUGAUUGAAGGAUGCGCAAACCAAAAAUCUGGCUCCAUCCUUCUUCGCGGACCCAACGAGUACACGCUCGACGAGAUGGAGAGAGCGCUCCAUGACGCCAUGUGCGUUGUGAAACGUGUGCUGGAGUCAAACGAAGUGGUUCCAGGAGGAGGAGCGGUUGAAGCUGCUCUUUCCAUCUACCUCGAGAACUUUGCGCACACGUUAGGGUCACGUGAGCAGAUGGCCAUCGCGGAGUUCGCUCAGGCUCUCCUUGUUAUCCCUAAGACACUGGCCGUGAACGCUGCAUGCGACGCUACGGAGCUGGUCGCGAAGCUCAGAGCCGACCACUACCACUCUCAGCAAGAGAAGGACGCGGGCAAGUUCAAGGAGAAGUCGUGCUCGGGCCUCAACCUGAGGACGGGAGUCAUCCACAAUUGCCUGCAGGCUGGUGUCCUAGAGCCGACGAUGAGCAAGACGAAGUCGAUCGCGUUCGCCACUGAGGCUGCGGUGACGAUUCUCCGCAUCGACGACAUGAUCCGCAUCGACAAGACUGAGGACGAGCGAGCCAACAUGUGAUAGACAAGUAAAGGGGCAACCAAUCUGAUGCUUCAUUGAGAGAGGGCAAUGGUGUUUGAAGAGCUAAAGGGAAAGGGGGAAAAAAUAAUGGAAGGAGGAACGAGAAGCGAAGGGCCUCGCCACCUGCCGUGGUACGGUGUUACGAAGCAGUGAGUGCGCUAGAACAGCAAGAUAAGAGGGACAGCAGCAAUCAGCGAACUUUGAAGGCUUGCACAAACAAUCAUAGGAAAUCAUGUGCAGAUAUGUUUGCAUCGUGUUGAUAUAAACGAUAGGGAACG